AUGGAUGAAUUGAAUACCACGGGCGACUUCAACUACUCCGAUGAGGAACUAGCGGAGAUGUAUGACGGGAUGGAGGGGCCCUGUGAGAUGGGGAGAAACACACAGCUGAAGCAUGCCCUCAGCGUUUACGUCCACUCCAUCAUCUGUGUCGUCGGCUUCAUCGGCAACGUCCUCGUCAUCAUCACCUACGCCUUCUACAAGAGGGCCAAAUCCAUGACAGACAUCCACCUGCUCAACUUGGCCGUAGCUGACAUUAUGUUUGUGCUAGCGUUGCCGCUCAUCAUCUACAACGAGCACAACAACUGGGCCAUGGGCGAUGGGGCUUGCAAGCUCCUCAGUGGCCUCUACAGCAUGAACGUGUACAGCGGCAUCCUCCUGCUGGCCUGUAUCGGUGCCGACCGUUACAUGGCCAUUGUUCAAGUUAGCCGGUCGUUCCGGAUGCGCUCAAAAACACGUCUCUAUGGCCAUGUGAUCUGCAUUGCGGUCUGGUUCCUGGCUUUCAUGUUGUCCCUGCCCACGUUCAUCUACUACAAGAGGUAUGACGCCAAUGAGAGCCAAACCUUCUUUCUGUUUGAAAACCACACAUAUGACGAGUAUAUGGGAGAUGUGGUGCAUGAACCCAACAUAGUGUGCUCUUUCCGUUUCAAUGACAAUAUGACGGCACGAGUUGUAAAGCUUUUGGUUCCCAGUUUGCAAGUGGCCAUAGGCUUCUCUCUUCCCCUUCUGGUCAUGGGUUUCUGCUACACCAGCGUUAUCUUGACCCUACAGCACGCCAAGAAUUUCCAGCAGCACAGAGCCGUCCGUGUGGUCUUGUGUGUGGUGAUAGUGUUCUUGGCCUGUCAUGUACCCUACAACAUGACUCUCCUCUACUCCACUGUGGUCAUGUUCCAGGUGAUGGAAUGUGACCAGGAAGUUAGCAUACAAGUGGCACUGGUAGUGACCCAGACUAUAGCUUAUCUGCACUGCUGUCUAAACCCCAUCCUCUAUGCCUUUGUUGGGGUCAGUUUCCGCAACCACUUCCGUAAGAUUUUGACGAACAUGUUUUGUAAAGGGAAGAGGUACAUCCAAGAGGACACAAGCUACUUUACCCGCUGCUCUGUAGACAGAUUGACCAAAGACAAUGCCACGUCUUUCACUAUGUGA